CAGGGGGCGGAGAGGGGGAGGGGGGUCGCAGUGGCAGCCAGGUCGGCCAUGGCAGCGGCGCGGCGACAAAAGCGUCUGCUGCUGAGCUACGGAGGGACUGUGGCGGCGGGCUGCGCGUUGGCGGCCGCGGUGUGCGCCGCACUUCCUCGCUGGCUGGACGGCUUGGUCCUCUGCAGAACUGGAGCAGAACUCGUCAACGCCACCGGGAGCGAGCUCGACAAGUUCGUGGGGCGCCUCGCCUAUGGACUCUUCCACGGAGAGAGAGUCAAGACCUGCGGCUUGGGCGGAAGGACCUCACGAUUCUCAAUCUUUUCAGAGUUGUUGGACGCCAUCCCAGCAGGUCUGCACGUGACCAUCAUCUUCUUCUGUGGCACGUUGAUCGUCUUCUCGUCCGUGUCGAGUGGCUUCUUCUUCUUCAACGCCUUCGGACGUCCUUAUGAGACGGUGCACGGCCCUCUGGGACUUUACUUGUGGACGGCCAUCUGCUGUACGUGCAGCUUCCUGGUUGUGGUUCUGUUCGUGUCCGAGGUGAAAGUCGAGCGCCUGUCGGAGCGCAUCGCCAACUUCGAGGAGGUCACCUUUGUGUUCCAGACGCACGACGAGCGCUACGACGUCUGCUUCUGGAUCCUCCUCCUGGUCUUCUUCCUGCACGUACUCAACGUGGCGGUGAUCCGACUAGCGGGGAUGAACCUCCCGGUCCUGCGGGGGAAAGACUCGGACCUGAGCGGUGGUGCCGCCGACCUCAUGUACUGAAUUGCAGUUUACUUCUUAACACGUCACAGCUAGCUAGCUACUAAGCAUCGUUGUGAGCAAGUCAUCAGAAAGUGUUACAGUGGAACCUUGUUUUACAAGUUUAUUUCGUUCGGUGACUAAGCUCAUAACUCAAUUUACUUAUAUUUCCAAUCAGUAUUCCCUGUUGAAAUGAAUUGAAAUGCCAUUAAUCUGUUCAAGCCCCCAAAAUAACACCACCCUUUUUUGUUACAGGCUUUUAAUAAAGAACAAUAGAACUUAUUGUAUAAAGAACACUAAUAAAAAAGAACGGGGGAACAAUAAGCUUUAGUGUUGUAUGUGUGUCUUUAAGGGGUGUGGCCUCGUGAGGGACAGCAGGAACAUGGCAAGUUAGCCUUCUUGUGAGCUUCUGGACAUGACUUUUGGCUUACUGUGGCGAGUGUUCUCUGUUGUCAGUUUGACUGCUUGUCCCGUACAUUAAAUUCAAAGGGCAUCAGCGA